UGCCAGGUCUAAGCCAAAUAUUCUCUAUUAAUCCUAGGACCACCUGCUGCUUCCAGCUACCACCCAUAACAAGACCACAAGGCCAAAGAUGUCCAUUGUGCUCCCAGCAAUAAACAUCAACGACAAUGUCAUCAACGGACAGGACUACGAGGUGAUGAUGCAGAUCGAUUGCCAGGUGAUGGACACCAGGAUCCUGCACAUCAAGAGCUCCUCGGUGCCACCCUACCUGCGUGAGCAGCGCAACCAGACUGGCGCUGUCUUCGGGGCCCCACCCACCACCCCUGACACCACCCAUGUGGUCAGCACCAUCCCGGAGUCCCUGCAGUAGCCCAGUCCUCCUCUCUGGGGAUGUGGGAGACAGCCCAGGAGAGCCCCGCGGCUGGGCCCAUGUCUCUGUGGGAAGCACCGGAGUCCAGACCAGCAGGUGGCCUGGCCGAGGUGGGGUCGCUCGUGUCAGUGCCUUUCUACCUUGAUUUUCCUUGGGGUUUGGUCCAGUUCCAGUCUUCUUUCAGAAGACCUGCUGCCCUGCCUGCUCUCUCUGGCUUAGGAGACUGACUUACCUGCAGCCCUGCAGUAGAUGGGCACAGUGAGAGAGCCCCCAGACAGCUGUGACCACUUACAUGCUCACUCUCAGGGCCUUGUGGGCAACUGGCCUGGUCCCCCGGGGAAGGCCCCUGCACAGCAAUAAUUCCCCAGGCAGGACUUCACCUGCCCUGCCUGCACUUGUAUUUGACCUUGAGCCCCUUGCCCUCAAGGGCUCUGCCUUCACUCCCAGUCUCCCUCUGUUCCCCGAAUCUCCCCAGCACUGGGUGUGAAGGAUGCCACACAUGGUUCCCUCCUUGCCAGAGUCCUGCCCGCCCGGACACCCACCAGAUGUCCCACAGGGAGCUGUGUCCCAUCCUCUAGGGCCCUUACCACCAGGCCUGUGAGUCAGGGAUCCUGAAACUCUGCUGACAACUGGGCAGUGCUGCCUUUCCACACAGCAUGGCUAGGUGGGGGAAGGACCUUCAGAGCAGAACCAUCUUCCUGGGGGCCCUUUCCUUCCCCCUCACCCCCAGAAGGCCAUGCCCCCAGGGAAGCUGGCCCUAGGCUGGUGACAGAAGCAGUAGCUACACCUCACCUGGCGCUGAACUCUUGGACUUUCCCCCCAGCUCUGCCUGCAUCUCUGGGCCCCAGACUCACCUGUCCUGUCCCUCCCCCACACAACCCUUCCUCUCAGUAGUCCCCCUCUCAAGGGUGACACUGAGGGUGAAGGGAGGGAGACAAGCUGGUGAGCAGACAGCAGGAGGCUCUAGGAUGAGGAUGAAAGCCAGGCCUCCAACCCUGGCUCCACCCUCGCUACAGCCAGUUCUUGGGUCUCUGACAGGAGACAGUUCUCAGGGUGAAGGUCGCUGCCCUGUCAGCAUGGCUGCCUUCUGCUCUGGUUUGGAUGCAGCACCAGGCCUCAGCAAAGCUGCAGUUUGCAGGGACCAGGCUGGCGUCUGGCUUUAUUUUAUUUUAUUUUAUUUUAUUUUUGCUUCUUGUGAGCUUGUCUUUUAGGGUUUGCAGCCAGGAGGUCUUUCUCUUUCUUUUUUUUUUUUUUUUGGGGGGGGGAAUAUAUAUGUGUGUGUAUGUAUAUAUAGCUUUUAAUUUAUUAAGUUUCUAAGUGGGGUUUUUGCCAGCUUGUAGGGAAUUAGAUAAAGACACAAGGAGGCAGGUGACCCAUUAUUUGGGGCACUGGGGAGGCAGCUGGCCCAGGCCACACACCAGGGUUCAGGCUAGUUGGCUGUUAGUGUAGGUUCCCCUGUGCUAACUCCAGCCCCAGCAGUACAGGGAGGCUGUAUCCACUGGAGUGGAGUUUAGACAACCCCCCCCCCAUCAGGAUUUGUGAGAGGUUGGGUUGAGAAUCUGUGUCACCUGCCACUCUGGCACUUGAGACCCCAAAGCACCCACUGGGCAGGUGUGCUCUUCCAAACAGAGGUCUGGGACCAUAAAAGCUCAGCGUGUCUGCCUGCCCUCCCACUCCCAACACCCACCACUGAGAAUCAACCAGAGUCUGGGACCCACAGAGCUGUUCUGCUGUUUCCUGAAAUGGCUCUAUCCCAAGGCAGCCCACCUGCCCUAGGGAGAAGGCACAGUGGUGCCCAGGAGGCCUGGGGAGCAGCCUCACCAACUCCUGCCACCACCCCUGUGAAAGGGAAUGCAAACACCGCAGAAAGGACCUCAUUCAGCACUGACAAGCUCACUCCCAGGACCUGAGGUGGGGCCAGCUUGCAGCUUCCCACCAAGAGUCCUCUUCAUGAAUGACCCCCCCCAAGACCUGACAGAACUCACUGCCAUCCAAGUCCCCCUCUUCUGUACCAGAAUGGGACUUUUGCCAGCCCUAAAUCACAUUAAUUUACAGAAGUUAUUGUCUUUGCUUGUGACAUGAACACCUAGAAUAUUCACCCUAACAGCAAGAACAAAGGCCUGCAGAGAGAGAGAGCAAGGGGGGAGGGUACAUUCCUGCUGCCCCACCCCCACUCCGAGGGAAGCUGAUUUUCAGUCUCCCAGAAAGGUGCCAUCUUGGCACCCAGUACAGAAAAGCACCAGGCUCUGCUCCCACUCUGGAGCCAGGGCGCUUGCAUGUUGAGACCUGGUUCUAUCAGGUGGGAUCAUCGCAAUAUGGCUGCUCAGCUGAGUGCAAUAGCCAGGGGGGGAGAAGGGCUGUGGUUCCCAAAGAUAAUUAGGGUGAGACCUCAGCAAAGAACUGAGUUGGGCGAGCUCACACUCCCAUACUUGCCCCAGGGACCAGCCACAGAGACCAGGUCUUUCCCAGCAUGCUGGCUGGUCAAGUGGGAGUUCAGUACUGUUCCUUCAGGCCUUUCUGAUGCAACACUUGUGCUUUGUCUGAACCUCAAAUAAAGCGUUUUUAACCUUGUCUACUUCA